UCGGACAUUUCCAAGUUUCCUAUUUCUGACUAGCACUUGAACCCGGCCUUGGGAUGGUUGUGGGGGUUGUAAAAAAAUAGUUUGACAGGGUUUGGCUGAAAGAAGACAAGGGGGCGGUAGUAAGCGAGUCCGACGUGUGUAUGAAUCAACAUUGAACUUACUUUUUUGUAUGUCCACCACACCGCGCGGCGACUUGAUAUGUAUGCGACGAUUCAUUUCCGAAAAGACAGCAACAGCGCAUAGUACUACAGGAUGUCGCGGAUAAUUUCAACGUUUUACACGGGGAAGCACGACUAGCACAGUAACACCGCAACGCGAUUCAUAUUUAAAAGGUAUAAUGCGAAUGGUUAGAAGAGCUCGAAUUCAAACAAAAUGGAAACAAUUUAGAAUCGCUGCGGCAUUCCAUGUAGCCAGAAGGACUACUGGGGUACAACAUAGCUGGAUAGAGAGCUAGUUAUUAACUAAUAUACAUGCGAAGUUACAUAUCAGAAAAGCUCAAACAGAGCCUGUAGUAAGCUGGUUGAAACUACUAGUUCGUUGGUGUCCCCAGUUACCAAAGAAGACUGAAGAAAAUACUGAAAUAUGCUACGGAGAAGACUGAACCGUUUGUUUGGUAGGGACGAGAGGAAGGUAGACAGCAGGACCAUCUACGUAGGCCACCGGCCCUGUCCCGCCACCGAAGCUUUAAUCCCCCCCAAGUUCUGUGACAACAGGAUUGUCUCUUCCAAGUACACGGUGUGGAACUUUCUGCCAAAGAAUCUGUUUGAGCAGUUCAGAAGAAUCGCCAAUUUCUACUUCCUCAUCAUCUUUUUGGUGCAGGUGAUCGUAGACACCCCCACCAGCCCAGUCACUAGUGGCCUACCCCUGUUCUUCGUCAUCACUGUCACAGCCAUCAAACAGGGCUAUGAGGACUGGCUGCGGCACAAGGCAGAUAAUGAGGUGAAUAAGUACCUGGUGACAGUGCUGGAGGACGGCCGGAGAGCAUGCAAGGAGAGCGAGAAGAUCAAGGUUGGGGAUGUGGUUGAGGUGGUGGAGGAUGAGACCUUUCCCUGUGACCUCAUCCUGCUGCAGUCCAGCCGGGAGGACGAGACCUGCUUUGUCACCACGGCCAGUCUGGACGGGGAGUCCAACCAUAAGACACACUACACAGUGCCAGACACGGAGAGGAACCUGGAGUCUCUCAGCGCCACCAUUGAGUGCGAGCAGCCGCAGCCUGACCUCUACAAAUUUGUGGGCCGUAUGCACAUCUACAGGAACAACCAGGAACCCGCUGUGAGGUCUUUGGGUCCAGAGAAUCUCCUCCUGAAAGGUGCUACCUUGAAGAAUACUCAGAAGAUAUAUGGUGUGGCAGUUUACUCAGGCAUGGAGACCAAGAUGGCUCUGAACUACCAGGGGAAGUCCCAGAAGCGCUCUGCGGUGGAGAAGUCUAUCAAUGCCUUCCUGCUGGUGUACCUGUGCAUCCUGGUGAGCAAGGCCCUGGUGUGCACCACGCUCAAGUAUGUGUGGCAGAGCCGACCAGGCCAGGACGAGCCCUGGUACAACCAGAAGACGCAAAAGGAGAAAGAUACCAACCUGUACCUGAAGAUGUUUACUGACUUCCUGUCGUUCAUGGUUCUGUUCAACUUCAUCAUCCCCGUGUCCAUGUACGUGACAGUAGAGAUGCAGAAGUUCCUGGGCUCCUUCUUCAUCUCCUGGGACAAGGACUUCUUUGACCCCGAGAUCCAGGAAGGGGCUCUGGUCAACACCUCCGACCUCAACGAGGAGCUGGGACAGGUAGAGUACGUGUUCACGGACAAGACAGGCACGCUGACCCAGAACAACAUGGAGUUCAUCGAGUGCUGCAUCGACGGUUUCCAGUACAAGUACGCCGACUCGGGAACCGAGCUGGACAGCUUCUGUGUCACAGAUGGACCCGUGAGCAUGCUGCAGCAGAAGGCUGGCAGGGAGAAGGAGGAGCUGUUCCUGCGGGCUCUGUGUCUGUGCCACACGGUGCAGGUGAAGGAGGCUACGGGUCAGGGGGAUGGUGUAGAAGACCAGGUGGAUGGCGUCAUGGGGCUGGACGGAGAGACGGUCCACCCUGCAGACAUCAGGGGCUUCAUUGCCUCCUCACCCGACGAGGUGGCACUGGUCAAGGGAGCCAUGAAGUAUGGUUUCAAAUUCCUUGGCACGGAGAGCAAGAACAUGCGAGUGAUGAACAGAAACAACGAUGUUGAAACGUACGAACUGCUUCACGUGUUGAACUUUGACCCGGUGCGAAGGCGUAUGAGUGUGUUAGUCCGAACCAAAUCAGGGGACAUCAUGCUGUUCUGUAAGGGGGCCGACUCCUCCAUCUUCCCUCGUGUCAGGCAGGACGAGGUGGACAGGAUACGCAUGCAUGUGGAACGCAACGCUACGGAGGGCUACCGGACGCUGUGUGUGGCCUACAAGCUGCUGAGCAGUGAGGAGUAUGACCAGGCAGACACGGGGCUGAGGGAAGCCAAGCUGGCCCUGCAGGACCGAGAGGAGAAACUCAUGGCUGUGUACAACCAGGUGGAGACCGGGAUGAGCCUGAUCGGAGCUACCGCCGUGGAGGACAGGUUGCAGGAGGAGGCAGCAGAGACCAUGGAGGCCCUGCAGGGAGCAGGUAUGAAGGUGUGGGUGCUGACGGGGGACAAGAUGGAGACGGCCAAGUCCACGUGCUACGCCUGCCGGCUGUUCCAGAGGAGCACAGAGCUGCUGGAGCUGACGGUGCGAACACUGGUGGACCCGGGGAGGAAGAGAGAGGAGCGCCUGCAAGAGCUCCUGCUAGACUACCACAAGAGGGCGGUACAGGACGCCCCACCGAUCAAGGCUGGGGUCACCAGGAGCUGGUCUUCAGCGAACCAGGACUACGGCUUCAUCAUAGACGGAGCCACUCUGUCCUUGGUGCUUAACUCUUCUCCUGACUCCAACUCCAGCUGCUACAAGAGUCUCUUCCUCCAGAUCUGUCAGAACUGUACCACUGUCCUGUGCUGCCGUAUGGCUCCCCUACAGAAGGCCCAGAUAGUAAAGAUGGUGAAGACCUCUAAAGGCAGCCCCAUCACCCUCUCCAUCGGAGAUGGGGCCAACGAUGUCAGUAUGAUCCUGGAGGCACACGUUGGCAUCGGUAUAAAGGGUAGAGAGGGUCGCCAGGCAGUGAGGAACAGUGACUAUGCCAUCCCUAAGCUCAAGCACCUGAAGAAACUGUUACUGGGACACGGGCACCUCUACUACGUCCGUAUUGCCCACCUGGUGCAAUACUUCUUCUACAAGAACCUCUGCUUCAUCUUACCUCAGUUCUUGUACCAGUUUUUCUGUGGAUACUCCCAGCAACCCCUCUACGACGCAGCCUAUCUGACGAUGUACAACAUCUGUUUCACCUCAAUGCCUAUCCUGGCCAACAGCCUCUUGGAGCAGCACAUCUGUAUGGAGGUCUUGAUGGACAACGCCGCCCUCUACAGGGACGUAGCAAAGAAUGCCAUGUUGCGUUGGGGCCCCUUCCUGUACUGGACACUACUGGGGGUCUACCAGGGCCUCUUAUUCUUCUUCGGGGUCCGCUUUCUCUUUAGUAACCCCGCCCUGCAGGAUAAUGGCCAGGUGUUUGGGAAUUGGUCGUUCGGAACGAUUGUUUUUACUGUCCUUGUUUUCACCGUGACACUGAAGCUGGCAAUGGACACUCGCCAUUGGACGUGGAUCAAUCACUUUGUCAUCUGGGGCUCGCUGGCCUUCUACAUGUUCUUCAGCUUCUUCUGGGGUGGGAUCAUAUGGCCUUUCCUUCGGCAACAGCGUCUCUACUUUGUGUUUGCUAAUAUGCUGAGCUCUGUGUCAGCCUGGCUGAUCAUCAUCAUGCUCAUCCUGCUCAGCCUGCUGCCUGAGAUCCUGCUGCUGGUCCUCCGAGAGCCCCGCGGGCCCCACUCACGACAGAAGAAGCCGGUGGUUCAGUCUGGCGAGGGGGAAACCCAGUCUCCCCGGUCUUCAGCCAGGCCCCUGCUCAUGCGAACCUUUUCUGACGAGUCCAAUACUAUCCUAUGAACAGCCUUCAGAGGACUCCCUCCUAAAAACAUCCAGAUCGCUGCCGUCACGCCCUUGUCCUACAAGCACCUGAUCGGGCAGGAGUGAAGGGCAGAAAGGAGGGUCAACUAAACUGCGGCCAGUGUCCAUCAGGCCCACCAUGGCAGUCAAGCUGGCUGCCUGCACUUUUGCCUGAUCUAAAAAGAAAAUGGAAAUUGACAAAAAGAAAAUAGAAAAGAUGCUAGAAGAGCCAGGGCUGGACUCCUGUCACCCUCUUCCUGUUUCCCUCUGCAUGUCUGCAGCGUACUGCACCACCGGCCCACGCAGCACAGGCCGUUUUUACCACGGUUUUUACUGCACUAUUCAGACAGGAGGCAUGAGUUUCCGCGGUUUCUUUUUUUGAAUUCUUUCUUAAAAAAUCGAAAUGAAUGCGUACACGGCUACCUUGUCAGUAGUACUACUACGAUCUGCUGUGUUCUAACAUGCAGCCACACCUCCACUGACCCAGAAUGAUUAAUCUGCAUGAAACGAAGGAGGCUCCAUGAAUGCCACAUUCCACUUAUUACUUGUGUGUUUAGGUCAAGGUUUGUUAAAACAAAAAUACAAAUGUUACAUAACUUUCUGAAACAGAUUCCACAGUUCCAGUCCCAAAUAGUUUGUACAGUACCAGUAAAGUUUUAGAACACCUUCUCAUUCAAGGGUUUUUCUUUAUUUUUUAUUAUUUUCUACAUUGUAGAAUAAUAGUGAAAAUGUCAAAAUUAUGAAAUAACACAUGGAAUCAUGUAGUAACCAAAAAGUGUUCAAGAAAUCAAGAUAUAUUUUAGAUUCUUCAAAGUAGCCACCCUUUGUCUUGAUGACAGAUUUGCACACUCUUGGCAUUCUCUCAACCAGCUUCUUAAGGAA